AUGGAUAUUGGAGGAGUUGCAGCUUGCAGAUCAGAGGAAUUGUUGAAAAUGAACGUAGACUACAUAGAAGUUGGAAAAUCGAUGCUGGGUUACAUUCAUUCUCCCGAUUUGGAAUUUGUAUAUGACGACACAGAUCUCCACACAAAUGAAAUUGCUGAACUCUACAGCUAUACGGAACAAGUGGAAUUGCAGUACUAUGUUAAGGCGUUCGAGGAUCAAAUGGAACAGUAUGCGCUUCCACCGAGUUGGCAGAGGUUGUCACUCGUACAAAGAAAAUCGGUAAUCAUGAAGAUGCUGGAUCAGCUGGAAGUGAGCAGUAAACCGAUCCAAAUGCGUGCGGCGCGCUGUAUCUUGUAUAUCGCUCAAGGUUGCUGGGCCGAAAUGCAAUCGGAUGCCGAACAACAAGAGUGGACGCGUACCAACGUGAUGCUACUGUACGAUAUGGGUGUGUUUACUGCUUUUUCUGAUCUUCUCAAUAUCGAGAUAGAGAAUAGUGCCGCAGCACAAGUUGCUAUGAGGAAAAUCGCAGUUUCAUUAGUAGAUUCACAAGAUCUAAGGGUGAUACUGUCAGUUUUGUAUACCGUAACUGAGGUGUUGCGAUAUGAAAGCACUUUGGAGACCUCGGAAUAUAAAGCACAGGUUGAUGCAUUUACUAAUGAAGUUGCUGCGUUCGACGAAGAGCAUAUGGUGGUGAAAUUGCUCGGAAUGGUAACUCGCUUCUGUAGUGGCGCCGCUCCUCAUUUUCCAAUGAAGAAAGUUUUGCUUUUGUUGUGGAAGUUAAUACUAAUAUCUUUAGGAGGCAUGAGUACACUAAGAAUUCUUAAGGAGGAACAGAGAGAGAAGGCAGGUAUACCUCCGCAGAAUGAAGACACACUUGAAGUUGCCAAGACAAUGCGAGCGUCUUCGCCUCCUGCCAGUGCGUCUGAUCUUUUGGAAGCGCAGAAUCAAAAACGCAACAGUCGGCCGUUCAGACGUAGUUUGAUCAAGCAAAGUUCGUUAGACGACCACGACGCUCUUGGUAUGGAAUUGGACAGUGCGCUAACCUCGGACAAUGGGGAUGAUCUUGUCGAUGAGUACGACGAGCGCCGGCCGACAGAUCUUUCUGAAAAUCAGGUGUAUAAAAAUUACCACAAUCGAUCCAGCUCGCCGAUACCCAUGCCAUUACCCCCACCAAGAGGAUUACCUUGGAAACCUAAAGUGAGGCAAAAAGAUAUAGAUUUUUUCUUGGAAAAUGCAAGAAUGAAAUUCGUCGGCUACAACAUACAAGGCGAUCAUCAGAGUUUAGCUGGCUUACCCCAGCCAAUUCACGAAGGCGUGAAAACCUUAAAUGACCACAUGUACGUAUCGCUGUCGGAGUUGCAAAUACAAACCGAAGAAGUGAUAGCAAGAAACCCUCUCUCCAAUGCGGAACAGGAGAUAGAACUAACACCGGUCGAAUUAUUGUAUCAAGCUCUUCUACCAAAUUUACCUCAGUAUAUUAUUGCUCUAUUAAAAAUACUUCUCGCUGCUGCGCCUACCUCAAGAGCUAAAACUGAUUCGAUUAACAUCAUGGCUGACGUUUUGCCGGAAGAAAUGCCGAUGACAGUGUUGCAGUCUAUGAAGUUAGGAAUUGACGUAAAUCGCCAUAAGGAAAUAAUUGUGAAAGCGGUUUCGGCCAUCUUAUUAUUACUUCUAAAGCACUUCAAGUUGAAUCACAUAUAUCAAUUCGAGUUCAUAUCUCAACAUCUGGUGUUUGCGAACUGUAUUCCGUUGGUUUUGAAAUUUUUCAAUCAAAACAUAAUGGUUUAUGUUGGGGCGAAAAAUACCAUACCCAUCUUAGAUUUUCCUUCGUGCGUAAUUGGGGAUCAACCCGAAUUGACCGCAGAAAGUUUAGAAAUAGGAGAUUCAACACCUUAUUCAUGGCGAAAUAUUUUUUCUUCCAUUAAUUUGCUUAGGAUUCUAAAUAAACUAACUAAAUGGAAGCAUUCGCGGAUUAUGAUGCUUGUAGUAUUUAAAUCUGCACCAAUCCUAAAACGAACAUUAAAAGUGAGACAUGCAAUGACUCAGCUAUACGUUCUCAAACUAUUAAAAAUGCAAACAAAGUACUUGGGCAGGCAGUGGAGGAAAUCAAACAUGAAGACUAUUAGUGCUAUAUACUCCAAGGUUCGCCACAGAUUAAAUGAUGAUUGGGCGUUUGGGAACGAUGUUGAUGCCAGACCUUGGGAUUUUCAGGCUGACGAAUGUGCUUUGAGAGCAUCCGUAGACAGAUUCAAUAAUCGGAGAUAUACCAACAGUUUAAAGGAAGUGGAGUUUGAGCCUGUCGAUAAUUGUUUCAGUAGUGUACUUGGUAUCACGCAAGAUUUAUCGGAAAGCUUCAAAAAGCAUUAUGAUCUAUGGCUAGAACAGGAGGUUUUUAAUAAUUCCAUUGAAUGGGAGGGUUUAUUAACUGACUAUAUAUAAGGACGAUAUUAGGAAUUACAUAUUUUUAUAAUUUAAAAUUAUGUUUUUGUGUAGAAUAUUUAUUUAUGUUGCUCUUCAUUAGGGUAGGUUGUAAUCAAAUUCACGUUUUUGUUUUGUAUGAGAAUGUUUAGUAUUGUUUGCUCACUUAUCGCAAUGGUGAUGUGUAAAAUGAAAAUAAAAUAAGACCUAAUAUGAUA